GUGACGCGGCCUUUUCCUUCCGACAACAGUAGCCGAGAGCGAGCAGCAGUGCUGCUCAGGAACAUUAGCUAAUUCGCGUACAGUAAAUUUAAAAAACUGCAUUCGCGGUAACGUGAUAAGAUAGGGAACAUCUGGGUGUUUUUGUUCUUCUCUGCAACUUUAUUUUGGUACUUCACUUCCCUGUUUGCUACACCGCUUGAACGCUGAAGAAAUAUAAUCCGGUUCGUGUUGUGCGCUGCGAGGCUAACGUUAGCUAGCUACUUCUGGAGUGAGGCUCGGGCAGAAUGGAGCUGAUUGCAAUCCUCGAAAAAACGGUCUCUCCAGAUCGAAAUGAACUGGAGGCUGCGCAGAAGUUUCUGGAGCAGGCGGCGAUUGAAAACUUGCCCACGUUCCUGGUGGAGCUGUCCAAGGUGCUGGCCAAUCCAGGGAACAGCCAGGUGGCACGCGUGGCCGCUGGACUCCAGGUCAAAAACUCCCUCACCUCCAAGGACCCCGACGUGAAGACGCAGUACCAGCAGAGAUGGCUGGCCAUCGACAGCAACGCCCGCCGGGAGAUCAAGAACUACGUGCUACAGACCCUGGGCACGGAGACGUACCGGCCCAGCUCCGCCUCCCAGUGCGUGGCCGGCAUCGCCUGCGCGGAGAUCCCCGUCAACCAGUGGCCCGAGCUCAUCCCCCAGCUGGUGGCCAACGUCACCGACCCCAGCAGCACCGAGCACAUGAAGGAGUCCACGCUGGAGGCCAUCGGCUACAUCUGCCAGGACAUCGACCCCGAGCAGCUGCAAGAGAACGCCAACCAGAUCCUGACCGCCAUCAUCCAGGGCAUGAGGAAGGAGGAGCCCAGCAACAACGUGAAGCUGGCCGCCACCAACGCGCUGCUCAACUCCCUGGAGUUCACCAAAGCUAACUUUGACAAAGAGACGGAACGACACUUUAUAAUGCAGGUGGUCUGUGAAGCGACACAGUGCCCGGACACGAGAGUACGAGUAGCGGCCUUACAGAACCUGGUGAAGAUAAUGUCCCUGUAUUAUCAGUACAUGGAGACGUACAUGGGGCCCGCUCUGUUCGCCAUCACGAUAGAAGCCAUGAAGAGCGACAUCGACGAAGUGGCCUUGCAGGGGAUCGAGUUCUGGUCCAACGUGUGCGACGAGGAGAUGGACCUGGCCAUCGAGGCGACUGAGGCGUCGGAGCAGGGAAGACCUCCGGAACACACCAGCAAGUUCUACGCCAAAGGGGCCCUGCAGUACCUGGUGCCCAUUCUCACCCAGACCCUCACCAAGCAGGACGAGAACGACGAUGACGACGACUGGAACCCGUGCAAGGCGGCGGGCGUGUGCCUGAUGCUGCUGGCCACCUGCUGCGAGGACGACGUGGUGCCGCACGUCCUGCCCUUCAUCAAGGAGCACAUCAAGCACCCCGACUGGCGCUACCGCGACGCCUCCGUCAUGGCCUUCGGCUCCAUCCUGGAGGGCCCCGAGCUCAACCAGCUCAAGCCCCUCGUCAUCCAGGCCAUGCCCACGCUGAUCGAGCUGAUGAAGGACCCCAGCGUGGUGGUCCGGGACACCACGGCCUGGACGGUGGGGCGCAUCUGCGAGCUGCUGCCCGAGGCCGCCAUCAACGAGGUGUACCUGGCGCCGCUGCUGCAGUGCCUGAUCGAGGGCCUGGGGGCGGAGCCUCGCGUCGCCUCCAACGUCUGCUGGGCCUUCUCCAGCCUGGCGGAAGCUGCAUACGAGGCUGCAGACGCAGCGGAGGACCAGGAGGAGCCCAGCACCUACUGCCUGUCCUCCUCCUUCGAGAUCAUCGUACAGAAGCUUCUGGAAACCACAGACAGGCCCGACGGUCACCAGAACAACCUGCGGAGUGCGGCGUACGAGGCCUUGAUGGAGAUCGUGAAGAACAGCGCCAAGGACUGCUACCCGGCCGUGCAGAAGACCACGCUGGUCAUCAUGGAGCGGUUACAGCAGGUCCUCCAGAUGGAGUCUCACAUUCAGAGCACCUCGGACCGCAUCCAGUUCAACGACCUGCAGUCCCUGCUGUGCGCCACCCUACAGAACGUGCUGCGGAAGGUGCAGCACCAGGACGCGCUGCAGAUUUCGGACGUGGUGAUGGCCUCCCUCCUGCGCAUGUUCCAGAGCACCGCCGGCUCUGGGGGGGUGCAGGAGGACGCCCUCAUGGCCGUCAGCACCCUCGUGGAAGUUUUGGGAAGCGAUUUCUUGAAGUAUAUGGACGCAUUCAAACCUUUCCUGGGCAUCGGACUGAAGAACUACGCGGAGUAUCAGGUGUGUCUGGCGGCUGUGGGGCUGGUGUGUGACCUGUGCCGGGCGCUCAUGACCAACAUCCUGCCGUAUUGCGACGAGAUCAUGCAGCUGCUGCUGGAGAACCUGGGGAACGAGAACGUGCACCGGUCCGUGAAGCCCCAGAUCCUGUGCGCCUUCGGGGACAUCGCCCUGGCCAUCGGGGGCGAGUUCAAGAAGUACCUGGAGAUCGUGCUGGACACCCUGCAGCAGGCCUCCCAGGCCCAGGUGGACAAGACGGAUUACGACAUGGUGGACUACUUGAACGAGCUCCGGGAAGGCUGUUUGGAGGCCUACACCGGCAUCAUCCAGGGCCUGAAGGGAGACCAGGAGAACGUUCACCCGGACGUGAUGCUGGUGCAGCCUCGGGUGGAGUUCAUCCUGUCCUUCAUCCACCACAUCGCUGAAGACGAAGACCAUUCCGACGGCGUGGUGGCCAACUCCGCUGGCCUUAUAGGUGACCUCUGCACGGCCUUCGGGAAGGACGUGAUGAAGCUGGUGGAGGUGCGGCCCCUCAUCAACGAGCUGCUGACCGAGGGCCGGCGGUCCAAGACCAGCAAGACCAAGACCCUGGCCACCUGGGCCACCAAGGAGCUCCGCAAGCUGAAGAACCAGGCCUGAUUGCAGCCUGUGGAGAGCGAGAGAGAGGGGGGAAAAGUAACCCGCUGAGAAUGCUCCACUGGAAUUUCUUCUGUCUUUUCGCGAAAACCAGUUAAAGCAGAAGUGAAGAGUGUGUCUGAAUGCAAGAGUGAGUGAGUGAGGCUUUAUCAUACCAUCCGAGUACAAUUCCAGCUCCGCGCCGGGGCUCUCUGCCACCACCGGACUGAAUCGGACACCACCACACGGACGUCACCGUCUGGACAGCUGUAGCCAGCUCGUUCAAGAACUCUUAAACUGGUUAUCAGUCAGCCACAGGGGAAAAAAAACUAAACAAAAACAAACAAACACGAAACAAAAAGGAUUACCAGAGUAGACAAAAACAAACGAAAAAAAAAAAAAACUGCCAAACUCGGAGUUUCUUUUCACAAAAAAAAAGGACUUAUUUUUGCUCUUUGACUGGUCUGUGGAAGACGUUUUUACAAAGCACUUCACGUGCAGGACUUCAAACGGAGAUCUGAGAAUUUAAAAACAAACAGCAUUUUAAUUGAGAGAGAACGAGAGAGCGCGAGAGGAGAAAGGAAAAAAAAAAAACAACAUACAAACGAUUUUGGACAGAAAUUGGUUUUUUUUUUUUUUGGGCUGUUGGAGUUGAAGAAAUGGCUUAAAUGGGGAAAGGAAAGGAAAAAAAAAAAGAAAAGAAAAAAAGACGAGCUGGACGUGGUGGGGCCGGCUGCUUUAAACCUGUGUGAAAGCCGCUGCCCUGUUCUGCAUGGGAGACCAGCUAGACUCGGCCAGGCCAUGCGAAGCAAGUGUGUUUGUGUGAGUGAGAGAGAGACUCUCACUCUCUUCACUUCCCUAUAAUAGAAUAAAAUAAAAAAUAAAAAAAACUCAAUGCAAAUACAGUUGACACAUUGUGUGAGGGGGUUGGGGUGUCAAGUUAAUGGCAGCACUUGAGAUUGCUUUUUUUCCUUUUUUUUUUUCUUUUUUUUUCUUUAAGAAAAUUGCUAACAUGUUCAGACCUUUAUUUAGGAAAAAAAAAAAGGUUAAGUGGGGGGAGGGGGUUCUUGUCCUCAGUGUAGGCGUCUUACAAAAAAAACAAAAACAAAAAAAAAAAAUCUUUCCCGCCUCUUGAUUCCAAAACUGUGAACACAAACGCAAACGUUCGAAUUUUACUUAAUGUGCUUGGUUCUCAAGGCGAAGGAACAUGUUUGCAGCUGUUGUCUACGGCAUUCAUUAAUUUUGACAGGUAACACUUAGGAAAUUUCCCCAUUUUUAAUAUUCCAGUUUAAGUAGUGUGCCAAAGACUGAGAUAAACUGGGCCCUAUUUUCGGAGAGAUGCGAUGUGAGACCAUAAAUAAUAAGCAAGUUAAAAAUACACUUAAAAAAAAAAAAAAGCAAACUAUUCUUGUUAAAAAAAAUUAUAAAAAUGUAAAGUAGUUUGGGCCUCCUAUGCUUUCAUUACGAAUCUUUCCAUUUGUGUUUGUCUCUUUGCUGCACUUAGCUGGAAAUAAUACUCACAGCGCUUGUUUAAAAUAAAUGGAAGCAUUUGUAAAAGGUUCUAUUUUUCCACUGCAGAUGAAAAAAAUAAAUAAAUAAAAAAAGAUAUCAAACAUU